AGUGGCGGCAGCCAUGGGGGAAGCCGAGAAGUUUUACUAUGUGUACAGCUGUGACCUGGACAUCAACGUGCAGCUCAAGAUAGGAAGUCUGGAAGGGAAAAGAGAACAGAAGAGUUACAAAGCUCUCUUAGAAGAUCCAAUGCUGAAGUUCUCAGGACUGUAUCAAGAAACUUGCUCUGACUUGUAUGUAACUUGCCAGGUGUUUGCAGAAGGGAAGCCUCUUGCUCUUCCAGUUAGAACUUCCUACAAGGCUUUUAGCACUAGGUGGAACUGGAAUGAAUGGCUGAAACUGCCAGUGAAGUACCCGGACUUGCCUCGCAAUGCACAGGUGGCUCUCACUAUCUGGGAUGUGUAUGGACCUGGUAAAGCAGUUCCUGUGGGAGGAACAACGGUCUCGCUCUUUGGGAAAUACGGUAUGUUUCGUCAGGGAAUGCAUGAUUUGAAAGUCUGGCCCAAUGUAGAAGCUGAUGGCUCAGAGCCCACCAAAACUCCUGGGAGAACCAGCAGCACAGUCUCUGAAGAUCAGAUGAGCCGCUUGGCUAAGCUCACCAAGUCUCAUCGGCAAGGUCACAUGGUGAAAGUGGACUGGUUGGACAGACUGACCUUUAGAGAAAUAGAAAUGAUCAAUGAGAGGGAAAAGCGAAGUUCUAAUUUUAUGUACCUGAUGAUUGAAUUCCGGUGCGUCAAGUGUGAUGAUAAAGAAUAUGGAAUAGUUUACUACGAAAAGGACGGUGAUGAGUUGUCUACGAUUUUAACAAAUUCUGAGAUUGUUAAGAUUCCAGAUCCCCAGAUGUCAAUGGAGAACUUAGUAGAAAGCAAACAUCACAAGCUUGCUCGAAGUUUAAGAAGUGGACCUUCUGAUCAUGAUCUGAAGCCUAAUGCAGCUACACGAGAUCAGCUCAAUAUCAUAGUGAGUUAUCCACCAACAAAGCAGCUAACGUAUGAGGAACAGGAUCUAGUUUGGAAAUUCAGAUAUUACCUUACUAAUCAGGAAAAGGCUUUGACCAAGUUCUUAAAAUGUGUCAAUUGGGACCUACCACAAGAAGCAAAGCAAGCACUGGAGCUGCUGGGCAAAUGGAAGCCCAUGGAUGUGGAAGACUCUCUAGAACUUCUGUCAUCUCACUUCUCCAAUCCAACAGUUCGGCGUUAUGCUGUCGCCAGGCUUCAACAGGCUGAUGAUGAGGAUUUGCUGAUGUACCUGCUGCAGUUAGUACAGGCACUGAAAUAUGAGAACUUCGAUGACAUAAAGAAUGGACUGGAACCUAGCAAAAGGGACAGUCAAGGUUCAGUGUCAGAAAGCAUGACAACAUCUGGAACUAAUGGUGCAGAAAUAGACAGUUCCCAGAUAAUGAGUCCUGUUCCACCUGUGUCCUCCCCACCUCUUACUUCUAAGACAAAGGAGCUUGCAGACAAUGAAAACCUUGAUCAAGACCUUUGCACUUUCUUGAUAUCACGGGCAUGCAAAAAUUCCACGUUGGCAAACUACUUGUACUGGUAUGUAAUAGUGGAGUGUGAAGACCAAGACACUCAGCAGAGGGACCCAAAGACGCAUGAAAUGUACUUAAAUGUGAUGAGAAGAUUUAGUCAGGCUUUGCUGAAGGGUGAUAAGUCUGUCAGAGUUAUGCGUUCGCUGUUAGCAGCCCAGCAGACAUUUGUGGAUCGUCUAGUUCAUGUAAUGAAAGCAGUGCAGCGUGAAAGUGGAAAUCGUAAGAAAAAGAAUGAGAGGCUUCAGGCAUUGUUAGCAGAUAACGAAAAGAUGAAUUUAGCAGAUAUGGAACUUAUUCCACUCCCUCUGGAACCUCAGGUGAAAAUUAAAGGAAUAAUCCCUGAAAAAGCUACACUCUUCAAGAGUGCCUUAAUGCCUGCUCAGUUGUUCUUCAAGACAGAAGACGGAGGCAAAUAUCCUGUAAUUUUUAAGCAUGGUGAUGAUUUACGUCAAGAUCAACUUAUUCUUCAAAUUAUUUCACUCAUGGAUAAGCUGUUAAGAAAAGAGAAUCUGGAUUUGAAGCUGACACCUUAUAAAGUGCUGGCAACUAGUACGAAGCACGGCUUCAUGCAGUUUAUUCAGUCAGUACCAGUUGCAGAAGUUCUUGCUACUGAAGAAAGUAUACAGAACUUCUUCAGAAAACAUGCACCUAGUGAUACUGGUCCUCAUGGAAUAAGUGCAGAGGUGAUGGACACAUAUGUGAAGAGCUGCGCUGGUUAUUGUGUAAUUACUUACAUCCUUGGAGUUGGAGAUAGACAUCUGGAUAAUCUUUUGCUAACAAAAACAGGCAAACUGUUUCACAUUGAUUUUGGUUAUAUUUUGGGACGGGACCCCAAGCCUCUGCCUCCCCCAAUGAAGCUGAACAAGGAGAUGGUGGAAGGUAUGGGAGGCACACAGAGUGAACAGUACCAGGAGUUCCGCAAGCAGUGCUACACAGCCUUUCUCCAUCUCCGCAGGUAUUCCAACUUGAUAUUGAACUUAUUUUCCCUCAUGGUGGAUGCCAACAUUCCAGAUAUUGCCCUUGAACCUGACAAGACUGUAAAAAAGGUGCAGGACAAGUUUCGUUUGGACCUGUCUGAUGAAGAAGCUGUGCAUUAUAUGCAGAGUCUAAUUGAUGAAAGUGUCCAUGCCCUCUUUGCAGCAGUGGUGGAGCAGAUACAUAAGUUUGCACAGUAUUGGAGAAAAUAAGCCUUUUGCCUACCUGUGGUGGAAAAAAGCAAAUGCUCAAGAAAGAGACUUUCUCAAGCCCUUGUGGACUUCACCAGUUUUGGAAGGCAAAAGCUGCAGGUUUGGUAGCAUGAGAAUAGAGAGUUCAGGAGGUAGAGAAGCUUUCUGAGUCUCUGUUCAUUGAAGGUUCAACACCAACCAUUAUUAAAAGGAAAAUGGUUGUUUAUCCCGUCCUUGGGGCUCAAACGCUGUGGCAUUUUUUUUCCACUGAAAACAUUUGAGCCUCAAAGGCUCAAGCCAAAGGUAACUGGAAUACGAUGUGGUAAAUUGUUGCACCUGCUAAUAUACUUUAUUAUUUAAAAAUAAAAUCACUGCUGUAGGCAUAUAAGUAUGUACAAAGACAACAGUGAGGCUACAGUUCCUCCAUGCAGAAAAACCACAAAGCUACAGCAAUCCCCUUUCUUCCCUUCCCACCAACUUUGUUCCUUGUGUAAGUUCUAAAUGUAAUUCAUAUGUUCCUUUAUUUCCCACCCUGGGCAAUGUUACCACUUAGAAAGGACAAGCAUUUCUUCCCUGCUUACAAAAAUGUUUCUAAGUGCUGAUAAGUUAGCCUGCUGUAGGCAGCCAAUUAAAUCAUCACUAACAGGCUCAGCAACCAGAAUGCACAGUGAGCGGUUCAUUAUUUCACAUUUUAACUCGGAAUGUUUUCUGUACAGUGAUUAUAUAUUCUUGACUAAUAAACUCUUUGUUGUUGCAGUCUU